GAUAGGACAAACGCGGAAAAAAACAAAUGGGCACCAAUGACUAGCUUAGCCCUGUCGGCGGCGGCAAGUAGGAUCGAGAUGCCCCUCUCCAAAACGAAUCCGUUCGUGCAGGCGGGCGCGAUCUCGACGCAGCCGUACAUCUCGAGCAGCGAGAGCAGCAACCACCUGCCGCCGAUCAUCAAGGGUACCGGGCUGACCGGCCUGAAGCAGACCGGCGGCGGCGGUGGAGGAGGAGGUGGAGGAGGUGGAGGUGGUGGUGGUGGUGGUGGCGGUGGCGGUGGCGGCGGCGGCGACGAGUCGGUGCCUUACGUGGGCUACCAGAGAGCACUACCGUGGAAAGGCGAGAGUUUCGGCCUGAGUAACUGGCCGGUAAGUCACAACUCCAGCCACAACUCGCAUUCGCAACCCAACAGCCAGUCGAGCAGUCCAGUGGUGAGAAACGGCCGUUCCGACGGCAACUCCAACAGCGGUGCUGGCCGCGGUGGAGGCGGCGGCGUUGGCGGCGGAGGAGGAGGAGGUGGUGGAGGUGGUGGCGGCGGCGGCGGCGGCGGCGGCGGUAACAGUGGCAAUGGCGGUGGCGGUGGCGGAAGCGACAACGGCGGUGGUGGCGGCGGUGGAAGCGGCGGUGGAAGCGGUGGUGGCGUCGGCAGCAACAGCAUCGUCAGCGUUGUCAAGCCGAAAACGGCGACCAUCACGCCGGAGAUGGUGAUGAAGCUCUACAUGAACAAGCUAACGCCGUACGAGCACCACGAGAUCUUCAACUACCAGCAGAUUUACUUCAUCGGCGCGAACGCGAAGAAGCGGCCGGGCAUCAUCGGCCGGCCGAACAACAACGAGUACGACAACGAACAGGGCUCGUACAUCCACGUGCCGCACGACCACGUAGCGUAUCGGUACGAGGUGCUGCGCGUCAUCGGUAAGGGCUCAUUCGGCCAAGUGGUCAAGGCCUACGAUCACAAGACGCACGAGCACGUGGCGCUCAAGAUGGUGCGGCUCAAGAUGGUGCGGAACGAGAAGCGCUUCCAUCGUCAGGCGCACGAGGAGAUACGUAUACUGCGCAAGCUGCGCGAGCAGGACAAGGACAACACUAUGAACAUCAUCCACAUGUUCGACUCGUUUACCUUCCGCUGCCACAUGUGCAUCACCUUCGAGCUGCUCAGCAUCAACCUCUACGAGCUCAUCAAGAAGAACAACUUCAAGGGCUUCAGCCUGCAGCUCGUGCGCAAAUUCUCGCACUCGCUGCUGCUCUGCCUGGAUGCGCUCUACAAGAACAAGAUCAUACAUUGUGACAUGAAACCGGAGAAUGUGUUGCUCAAGCAGCAAGGUCGCAGCGGCAUCAAGGUGAUAGAUUUCGGUUCAAGCUGCUACGAGAAUCAACGAGUAUAUACCUACAUCCAGAGUCGCUUCUACCGUGCGCCGGAAGUGAUAUUGGGUGCAAGAUACGGGAUGCCGAUCGACAUGUGGAGCCUCGGUUGCAUCCUGGCGGAGCUGUUCACCGGUUUUCCACUGCUACCGGGUGAGGACGAGGCGGACCAGCUGGCGUGCAUCAUCGAGAUGCUCGGUAUGCCGCCGCAGCGGCUGCUGCAGAACUCUAAACGGUCGCGUCAGUUCAUCAGCUCGAAGGGCUACCCGAAGUACUGCACCGCGACGGCGAUGCCGGACGGCACGACAGUGCUAAGCGGGGGUCUGUCGAGACGAGGGAAGCUGCGCGGCCCGCCGGGCUCGCACGAUCUCGAGCGCGCCCUGAAGGGCUGUGACGACGUCCUGUUCCUGGACUUUCUCAGGCGGUGCCUCGUAUGGGAACCGGAAUGCCGGAUGACGCCGAACAAAGCGCUGAGGCAUCCGUGGCUGCGCCGCCGAUUACCAAGGCCACCGGGCGACAAGAACGACACGCUACCGGCGGUGACGUCGGUGCAGGCCGCGACUACCGGCGGCGGUUCCACCCUGAGAACGUCCGCAUCCGGCAGCAGGAGUUCCAGCAAGACUAACAGUCUGCAGAGUAGCAAUAACACCAGCGACGACAUCGCGACGAGCAAGACGACAGCCCAGCAAACGAGGAGAAACCCUCGUUUGGACCGAGUGGAGGAUAUGGUAUCGGCUUAUGCGGGUUACUCGUACAACGCGUUACACGGCCAAUUACACGGCGGUACGUGGGGCACCACGGGAGGAUUAAGCAGCGGCCAUCAGUCGCUCAACUCCAUCAGCGGAGCUGGCGAUGGCGGUGGUGGUGGCAGUGGCGGUGGCGGCGGCGGCGGCGGCGGCAGGAGCUCCUCCAGCAAGACUAAUCUGCAGAGCGGCAACAACACCAACGACGAUAUCUCCGCGAACAAGACGACGAGUCAGCAGAGGGGAAACCGUUUGAUCGAGGACGUAAUGUCCGCCGCUUACGCCAGCUACUCGUCGGCGUUCGGCGCGUCCCAGCUGCACGGCACCUGGGGCACGACGGGAGGACUGAGCAGCGGCCACCAGUCGCUCAAUUCCAUCAGCAGCAGGAGUUCCAGCAAAACGAACAAUCAGUUGCAGGGCGGCAAUAACGCGACGAGCGGUGAUAUCUCUGCGAGCAAGAUCGAACGUCAGCAGCAGAAAGAGCGCACAAGCGAGUUGCCUUCGUCGAUCUUCAAUCCGUACCCCGAGUCGUACAGUUGUCUAUCCGAGUCCCAGCUGCACAGUAGUCAUCGAUCGAAUCAGAGUAGCAGCCAUCAGUCGCUCAAUUCCGUCGACGGUGCGACGACCGGCAAGUCGCAGCGCGCUCGUCAGACGCACCAGACGCAGCAGCAGCAGCAGCACAAUAACAAUGGCGCGUCGCACGACAAUUACGGCUCUCACGGCUCCUCGAGAGUGUCAGCCAACCGGUUGGUGCUCUCCUUCCAACCGGGGAUCCAAGGGAUCCUCGAGGAGUUGAGGCGAUAGGCUAAGACGUGGUGACGCCAGUCGUCCUUUUCUCCUCCCUUCGGCUCGCUCGCUCGCUCGCUGCCGUUCUAGGCAUUGCCACGAACGAGCGUUUCGUCACGAAACAAUCGCGCUUACAGACGGCAGGAAACGUAUAAAAAUAAGGAUUUGGUCCCGGUCACCUAACGUAAAACUCGGCUGUGUCUCGCUGCCUGCCGUUCGGGCGACGUUCCGAGGUGCGCCACCUUGACGUAGCGUCGAGGAGGGUUACUUGCGGUCGAGAGGGUGGGUGUCUCAUCAUCGAUCUCGAAUACAUUGCUAUGAUCGCGUCGCGUAUCUACGGUCGUCGCGGUGCAGCUGGCUGUCGAUAAGACAAGAGCCAGUUAUAAUCCAGCGAGAAGAGAGAUUUGUUUUUCGCGUCAUUUCACAGCUCGGAAAACGUUCUCCCCUUAAAUAUUAUAAACGGAAUUAACCGAAAACAACUCGCGCGAAUUUGAGAAAAAAAAAAGAUUGAGCGAAGAAAGGCUCACUUUCGCAGAUUCGCCAUUAAUAUUAUAACUGGUCUCACGUCUCACGUCUAACUUAGCGCUACAAGAUCGAUUGAAUGGUUUCUUGUAUCCUCGAAAUCGUACCUUCAGUCACGGCGACGUCGCUUUGCAUUGCUCUCUGCUCCGUUCGUUCUGCACUGAAGAAAAAAAAAAAAAUUAGUGAUAGUAAUCGAGCUUUGAAAUAAUUUCAAUUAAUUUCUAAAUAUUAUUAACUAUUUGAUUAAUAAAACUAAAUAUUUAAUAAUAUUUAGUAAUUAAUAAUAAACAUAAUAAUCAAUCGAAUAUGAAACUAGGAUAUUACUGAAUAUUUGGUUAUAUUAACCGAACAUUUAAUUGAAAUUAUUUCACCAAAGCUUAAUAACUUCAUCUAGACUUGAAUAUUAUUAUUAUACUUUUUUUCAGUGCGGGAUUUGCUCCCGCUGCCAUUGCCACCGCCGUGAAAAUGCGCGGUCGGUACGCUUUACGAUAAGAAGCGAAUUUUUCCGCUAUGACAAUACCUUAAGAACUCCAACAAAGCGUCAGAAAUCCUUGUGAAUGGAGUAUGUGCACGAUUUUCAACGCGCGAUUGUGUCUUAAAACACUUGUCGCACUUUGCGGAACGUACAUUCGUGAACGUACACUCAAAGGAGCUUUUUCUCUUUCGACGAAUCUCGAAACGCGUCGGAAGUCGCAAGGACGAUCUCGACACCCGACACAACGCGACUGUACGAGACACUCAUUCAUCGCUCGGUUAUGUUUCGCCUUUUGUAAAGUUGAACUCUACAUCUUACUCGGAUCAACUAUAAAACAUAAAAUUCAAUUUUUCGAAGAAUGUUCCAAGUCUGUGCAACAAAUCGACUAACUGGCGGGACAGAUAUGUACAGAGAUGCAAAUGGUUACCAACAGAUUUAUCGCGAUGCAUAAUCAUUUAGUCAUACAGUCAUUCAUCAUUUCUCCUCAUCGACGCGACGUAUUUUCCCCAACACAAUCGAUUUCACCGGAGAUAAGGCGGCAUGCCGUGUCGGAUUGAUCGCAAACAGAAGUCAGCUGGCUUCAAACGACGACUUGUCAAAUUGACUUAUAUUUACAUAAGUCUCGGUUCGCGAAUUAUGAUUAAUGCAUGGUCGUCGAUCGUUGCUCACGGACCGCGCUGACGGUGCGCGGGAGUAGUUCGGGCGACCUGGAGGUCAUUGUGCCAAGGGAAGUCCGGGGGAAACCGCGCGCGACGGCUCGAUAGGUCGUACGUGAUGCAGCACGUUAGAUAUAUUGCCAUGUCGCGAUGUCACCGACGACGGCGGCGCAGAUAUAACGAUUCGCUCACGAUAGACGUGAUCUAACGUAUGAAGAGAUACGCGCGCGACUGAAUAGAGUAAUUUGCCGUCGAUCAUAAAGACGCCAUUGUCUCUCCCUGUAAUCCGGAAGAAAUACAUUUUUUCCGUCGUCAACACAUCCGAUUCGUUGCACAUACUUGGCAAAAGCACGACAGGAGUUUGGACGCUCGUGAAAAAGAACAUUGUACAAAUAUGACAAUACCAUUGUAUACAGUUUGGUUUAGUUAUUUUUUUAUAAAUUUUUGUACACUUUUUUUGUAAAUUUAUUUGUAUCAUAUGUUUAGAUUAGUGUUGGCUUUAGUUGAUUAAAACGGGACGUUUUUAGCAAUUAUUUUUCUUUUGCAGUCAUUGAAGUAGGCCGAAAAAAAAUUUUUUUUGUGCUUUUAAUGUUACUUUUAAUUAUUGUAAUGAAGUAUAAUGAAGCACUUAUUUACCUCAUUAGCCUUUUUUUCUUAUUAUUGUAAUUAAAGAUCUUAUUAUGCGGCUCUUGUAAGAGAUAGAUAUAGUGGAGACUGCCUUUCCUACAUCAAAUUGCUCAUUACACGAAUCCAUUAGUGAUGAAUUAUGAACACUCAUUACGGUUUCAGCCGAACUCGAAGUUCAGUCAAUUCUGAAGCGGGUUUAGAUUAAAAGCGAGUACGGUGAUGACCGGGGGGGGGAAGGGGAGGGGAUGAAAACGCCGGGAAAAUAUCGUACCUGGCGGCUCUGCGUUGUACUACUUCGCUUAUUUUACGACGCUCCAGCGUUUAAUCCGACGCGAUGAACGGCGCGACGCGCAAUUUACGACGAGAAGAAUCGCGCCCGCUUUGUUAACUUCUCUCGUCUUCUUCUGAGCUAACUGGGUUAAUUCCUCCUCCCUUCCCUCCUCUUUGUCCCCCCUAGCCUCGUCUCGAUGCUCAUUAUUCGUGCUGCGUACAAUCAAGCGAAAACACCGCCCCGCGUUUAUAGCAGCGGGCUUUCUAUCCUCGCGGUUCUCUUUUGGGGAGAGACGUGACAGUUGCGUUUUUCACGCACCAUCUUUUACGUUCUUCUUUCUCCGCGAGGGACGUUCGGUUAGAUCUUACGAACCGGGCGCCUCUCUCUCUUUUUCUCUGUAGCGAGAAAUCCGGUUUAAAGGACGCACGACAAAGAGAACCGUGUCCGAAAAUAAAAGGGAUUUCCCGUACUCGCGCGGGGUGAACGACUCGACUCGAGUGUCCUGCGGCCGCUUUAGCUCGGUAUUAUUAUCGGCACCUCGUAGAUCCUGGCAUGAAUGGACGGCUUUUAUAUGUGGAAAACUCUUGGAGAGAAAUAGAUUUUUACAACUCUCUCUUCAAAGAAAGGAACUCGACGGUGUUCACGUAACGUAAAUAUUUCUAUAUAAAAGCCGCUCAAGUAUACUCAUAGAAUCAAUUCACGUACCAAUAGGUAUCAGUUAGAAAUUGUAAAUUUCGAACUUUUUAAGUAAUUAUUAAUUUUGCAUGUAAGGAAGGAGCGUUUUUAACGUACAUAUAGUCCUGUAUCGUGGAUAUUUUAAAAGCAUGUCAAAGAACAAAACGAGUUUUACUAUAUCUAACUCUUUUCGGAAAUCGAAAAGAAAUUUUGCGAAUAAUUUUAUUUGUACAAAAAAAAAGUAUGUUUGUAUGAAAAAGACUAAAAAAAGAUUUUGUAUUUAAAGAAAAAAAAAGGAAUUCGGUUUGAUAUUGGUAAUCGAUAUACCUGUUGUAUAAUUUCAUCGAGUGCAAAUAUAUCAUUGCUCACAGUACAAAAAUCACUAACAUGCAUCACUUCCUUGCUAAUGCGCUUUAAUUAUCACUUCCUGAUAUCGAUCCCCCCCCCUGCCCCCAUUAUUUCAAGUUUUACUUUGCGCCUGACCGAAAUCGUCAGAGGCAAUGUGUUCACCGAAACCGCUUUCGGAACUAUGAACAAUGCGAUGACUGUGGCGAUGCGAAAUCGCUAAAUUUAUCGCGAACAAAAUGCGUGUGCGCGGGGCGGACAGUUGCCGGGCGUGGAUGAGUGACGAGACGACAAUGACGACGACGAAGCAGAGAAACGUGACGAGAGAAAGAAAAAGAGAAAGAGAAAAUGUAAGCGGCGAAAAGGGCCAAUGCAGCCGGCAAUGAUAGCAGCGAACGGCGGCGAGGUCGAUUAAAUUCGAGGGGAAAUCGGAACGAUCGGCGGAUUUUAAAAAUCGUGAUACCGAACGGCAUGUCUUUGUGAUAUGGAACUUAGGCGUACUGGGAUUUAUACUACGAAUGUAGAUAAAGAAAAAAAUAUAUAUAUUAUAUAUGUGUGUGUAAAAAUCAUAUAUUAUGUUAUAUCGAAGUGACGAAUGAAUCAUUUGUAAAUGCGCGCGAUGUAGUUUAAUCUCGUCGUAGAUAGUAGCGCUCGCGAAAGUAUCGACACCCUCUUCUUUUCCUUUGUACAAGGAAUACAAGGUGUACAAGGGACGAGUAUCGAUGCCCUAUUAAUCUCUUCAAAUGUAUCGCUCUUCGUGAAAAGCUAUCCUUUUAAAUAAUAUAUAAUCUUAAUUAAUAUUAUAUUAUAUUAAUAUAAUAUAAUAUUAACGUAUAUAUUAAUAUUAUAUAUUAUAUACGAUUAUAUAUAUUAAUAUUAUAUUAUAAUAUUAAUAUAUGCAAUUAAUAAUAAAUAUCAGCAAUAUAUUAUACGUAAGGGAUAAAGAAGCAGAACCUUUUUUUUUACAAUCGAUACUCGUUCCUUUUCCGACAACCGAGUAAGCAAGAAACUGGGUUUUCGAUACAGCUUUGGGUAUGGUCCAGGUCGAGCGAUGCGAUAGAGAACGCAGGACGAUCUUUGUGUAUUGAGACACGAAAACGUGGGUUUCGAGCUUGGAUUUCUUUUAUCCUCUCACCUUUGAAUAGACUCUAAUUCGCGAAAGUAUCGCACGAUUAUUUCGCGCGUGUACUUUAGCGUGCAGUAAUAUAGCUUCUUCAAUUUCUCAGCGAUGUUAUCUCGUAAGUUCUCAAUCCGACCAUGAUAGAACGAAUUACGGCGAACAUCGAGAGAAUCGUGUCGCUAAGUGCGCCAAGUUCGUAAAAAUGCUAAUCUCGUCGAGAGAUAAACGAGAGCGUCAAAAAUCAGCGUCGAAACCCGAGGAGAAAAAUAAUCGCGAUCGCGUCGUCGCUGCGCCACGUCCCGUAAAUCAAUCGGAAAAACGUAUCGAUGAUCGCGCUUGCAUAUGAUCUCAAUGGCGAUUUGCUGAGAUCGGUCGCCGCUACCACUGCCGAUAGCUCAUUAAAUAGGCGCCAUGCUUAAUUUUUCGCAAGCUGGCCCCCUUUUGCGUGGACCUAGUCUCCGUUUCCCCGUCUCGUAACUCUCGCGAAUUAACACGUCGAGUGCCGGCCGAUGAUUUGCUAAUUCUGCACGUAGAGAUACCGUUACCGUGUACCCACAGAUUUUACUCCAUGCAAUGCGGAGGCACUUAAGUACGGUGUAUAAUAUAAAUACAUAAUAGUAAUUGAAUAUUCUGUAUACGCACAAAUGCCUUCGCGUUAAUCGGCGGUGUAUCUCAUCGAGAGAGAACAUUUAAUACCUGGAUGCUUGUUACUGUUGUAACUUACGUUAUAUUAUGACUCGUAAUGAAGAAAAUAAAAGAUAAAAAUUGUGAGCGAUAAUCGAAGAUAAUGAACGACCGAAGGUUAUACGCGCGCGAGUCGUAACAAUCAAUUAUUGACAACAAUUUUAUUCAAUCUCAAAUUUGUAUUUUUAGAAUGGAAAAUGCGAUGUGUUAAGAUAUGAAAAAAGAUAUCUUCUUGGUACCACAUUAUGGGUAUCUCACACCCAAUCACUUUUUUUUCGUCUAUCUAAAAAUGUUCAGAAAAUCUCUAAAAAUUCAUGAACCUAUUUUCUAGUUUCUAAAACAAAUGUAGCAUAAUUUAGUUGCCUUUGAAAUUUUAAGAAAAUUCCGCAGAUAGAAAUCGGUCGAAAUAUCCAUAAUGGUACAUUAAGGAUUAUUAUUGUAUUCCUUUAGAUUCGUUAAAGAGAUUGCAUUUACGAUAGCCGCGUGUUACAGUUUUAGUUAUUUUUUAGCACCCUGGGAUUACGAUGUCAUUAAUUAGUAUUAAUAAUUGACAAAUUAUCCGAGCUCUUGCAUUACUAUCUUAACGAAAUUCAAUCAGUAACGCUUAAGAGAAGGUAACAAUGUGGCACUCAACGUGUUAAUCACUAUUUACGUACCGACUUAAUUUAUUUUCCCGUUGCUUUAACCAGCAAUUCGCGUUUACACUCUUUCGGUUGUCGCUGCAACUUCGCCGCGUGUCGCCGACUGAUCUCGCAGGAGAUUACACAAAAUCUGAAACCAUUCGUUGCCGACUGGUGACGAGUAAUAAUCGGUUUUUCUUCUUUUUCUCAUCUUUCUGCUCUCUGGAUUUAAUGACGCUUUUUCGUGUCGGUCAUACGACGCGUCCUGACGUUAACAAGAUUCAAGCGACGGUUUUAAGCUUGUAACGCACGAAGAAGUAAACGCGAAUCUCAAAGUCGGAGUUGUUAGUGAAUAAGAGCGCGUUGCGACUGUCUGGAAUUUUUCGCAGGUUCCUUAAAAAGUGCAUGAAAUUUGUGGCGAUUUUGUUUCUCUCAAUUCGCAAAAAGAGUGGUCUUGAUUUAUACAUAUACAUCGUCUGAGAAAAAUUUCAUAUUUGUGCUUUGAUGCUCGUAAUUUUCUCUUUAACCACCCUAGCUGAACAUCUAUUCAAAGAGAACUGGUUUUACGCUUUGAAUCGACAUACGUGGGCGCGUUUAUUAAGCAUACGUAUAUGUGGUAGACGAAAUUCAGAUUUUAAUAUAAACGUUCUCGAAUAGAGCGCAGCGAUUAAUCGAUACAAAGAAAAAAAA